AUGUUCCGGCCAUGGGGAGCCCAGGCGCGGACGAUUUUGUUGAUCCUGCUGCUGGCUGUUGCGCGGAGGGCGGCGGGGCAGUGCCAGCUGCCGUUUCGGCUGGACGGGGCGGCCUCGACGCUUGAGGUCACGGGGAGCGGCGCCCUGGGCGCAUCCAGUCUGACCAUCAGGCCGCUCAACGACCAGGUGAUCGGCGUGCUGGGCGUGAUGCAGCUGGAGACGGUGGGGGAGUGUCCGGAGGGGCCGGAGGAGGUCGCCUGGGCGGGGGCCGGCCUGGGGACGCGCCCCGGCGAGGCGCUCAGGGUGUAUCCCUCGACGAUCAUGGCGGACGUGCCCGAGCUGGGCGCGGCUGUCAACCUGACUGAUUUGGUGAUGACCUGGCGGUCGGAAGGGGUUGAUCGGUUGCCGGGGGGCGGGCCGGCGGACUUUGUGGCCGCCGUGAACCUGACUCUCGUGGGCGGCGCGGCGGUUUAUGACGCAGGGAUCCUGUCCGGGAGCCAGGCAGUCGAGAAUUUUUCGGCGGCGAGCGAUGUGGAGGGGAGGGUGGGCUUUGGGGAGGGAGUGAGGAGGCUGGCGGUGCCAGAGGCGAACUUCACGUUCGAGAUCGCCAUCGGGCCGAUCAGCCUCGAGCUGGAGCUGGCCGGGAGGAUCGAGGGAGAUUUGGGGGUGGGCUGUGUCCAGGACUGCGGCCCAAACGGGCGGUGCAGCCCGGCUGGGGUGGGGGGUGAUGGGCCCGUGGCAUGCGAGUGUGAUUGUGGGUGGGGCGGGGGUUCCUGCGCCGUUCCCACGGGGUUCUGUCCAAGCCAGGACGCCCCCGUUGUCACGGCCGCCCUCGCUGGGAAUUUGGAUCAGGAAAAUCCGGACGAAGACGGGGAAUCUGAUCCAGAUGUGGGCGGUGGGGGGGCAGAGGGGGGGGAUUGUUUCAAUGGGUCGAGCGUGGGGGAGGUGAGGGAUAGGCUGGCUGUUCUGCUGGCGGGGUCCAACGCCACGGUCAGGGCUGCUGAGCUGGGCGACCUGUGCUCUGGGAACUGCGAUGGGGACGAGAGGUCGAGGUUUGAUCAGGUGUCGGGAGAGUGCGUGUGCGCAGACGGGUGGAUGGGGCCCGGUUGUGACAUGUGCAGCACCAACUCGGCCUGCAACGACUUUUGGGACACUGUGGGGGGGACUUGUGUGACGGCGUUCGAGUACUCGGCGGAGUCCACGCACAAGGUGUACAACUGCGACUUCAGCGACUUUGCCGCAGGGCUGCAGGGAUCAGGGAUCGGCCUUGGGGACGACCUCAAGAUCACCUGCAACACGACAGGCCCCCGGCUGGAGAAGCUGGCAGGGGCGGGCCUGGGUGUGGGUACCGGUGGGGGCCUGGUCUCCGGGGGGCCUGACCUGGAUCGCAGGAUUUUGGACGCCCAGGAGGCUGGCCUGGAUGCCAACUCCCCUUUCUGUGACGUGGCAUUCGACUUCAGCCAGGGUGGCGACCUGCAGACGAUCCAGUGCCGCGGGUGGGGCUGCGAGUUCGGGUCUGGCAGCCGCAACGCCGAGUGCAGUGGGGGCGUGCUGUGCAACUGUGGCAUGCAGCCGUGCUCGGCCGCCGUGCUGGGGAUCGUCAACACAAUCCAGUCUGUGGUCAUGGAGGUGAAUGUCGGAGAAUCUGUCAGCACAGGGAGGACCAUCAGCAUCACUGCCGUGAUCAGCUUGCUCCCUGUGGCAGCGGUGAUCGCCGUUGCCAUCCUGCUGGGAAUUCCGGCCCAGUCUCUGGCAAGGCAGAUGGUGUUCCAGCCAAAGGGGGCAUCAUCCCAGGCGCCCAAGAAGCAGUCGUCGGCACUGUCAGAGGUCGUCUUCAUUGGUGUGUCGUGCUCAGUGCCAGUGUCCAAGCGCUUCGAGCUGCCACAGCCUGGGGCCGGCGGCAAGCCCAAGGAGGAGGACAUGGAGUCGUGCUCCUCGCAGGGGGUGCCCUUCCGGCGCUCAUCAUCCCAGCAGUCCGAGGUCCUCAUGGGUCUGAACGCCACCCUGGCUGAAAAGCUGUUUGACAAACGGGGCAGACGGUCCGUGCUGCAUGGCAUCACCGGAACGUUCCAGCAGGGGGAGGUCGUGGGUGUCAUGGGCCCCUCAGGCUCCGGCAAGACCACUUUUCUUAGCAUCCUGUCAAGCUUCUCCCGGGACGAGCAGCGCGCUGUGGAGGGGGACAUAUGGGUGAAUGGCCGGCAGCAGGGCGCAUGGCUCAAGCGGUUAAUCGCCUUCGUUCCGCAGGAGGACAAAAUCCUGGCCACCCUGACAGUGAAAGAGGCGAUCAUGGUGUCAGCCAUCCUGAGGCUGCCUGAUGCGGACUGGGCGAUAAUCCACCGCCGGACAGGGGAGGUGAUGGAUGAGUUGGGCCUGCAUGGCGUGGCACAUUCUCUGGUGGGGGGCGUGCGGGGCAUGCGGGGUAUCAGUGGGGGCGAGCGGCGGCGCGUGACCAUCGGCAUGGAGCUCAUCACGGACCCUGCGAUACUCAUUCUGGAUGAGCCAACCUCUGGUCUGGACAGCUUCACCGCACUGAACCUGAUGCAGGGCCUCAAGGUGGUGGGCGACGCAGGUCGCAUUGUUGUGGCCUCCCUCCACCAGCCUGCCCCAGCCAUCGUGGCCUUGCUCGACAAGGUCCUGCUCCUGGCCCGGGGAUUCCAGGUGUACUUUGGACCCCCAGGAGAGGCCAAGGCCUACUUUGCCAGGCUGGGCCUGUCCUGCCCAGAGUCGCUGGCUAUUUCAGAAUACAUGCUCCAAGUAGUCAGCGACCCCAACACCCUUGUGACUGUGCUGAACAGUGCGUUUGAAGCUGGGGCAAGGGAAAGCGGCGGGGAUCUCGUGAUGGGCUCCAAGACUGCGAACGACCCGUCCAGUCUGGCCGCGUUCCCAAAGCUCGGAGCUCGGCGGCGAUUUGACCGACUUGCAACGCUGGUGUGGCGGGGAAUGGUGGACAUGAUGCGCAACCCUGCGCUUAUACGGGCUCACGUCGCAAUGGGCGUGGCGAUGGGUUUGUUUGGAGGUGGGAUCUUCUUUGAGGCAGGGCUGGAUGUGGAGGGCGCCCAGAAUCGGCUGGGGGCCUUCUUCUUCACACUUGCCCUGCUGUCCUUCUCGUCCCUGACCACGAUCGACCUCCUGCACUCGGAGCGGGACAUCGCCUUCCGUGAGAUCAAGGCGGGUUUCUACACGCCUGAGGCCUACAUCUCGUCCAAGCUCAUCCUGGACGCCCUGCUGCUGCGUGUGGUGCCUGGCACCCUGCUGGCCAUUCCCCUGCACAGAAUGAUGGGCCUGCAAUCGAACUGGACCAAGUUCUGGAUAUACCUCUUCACCAUCAACAGCUUCAACCUCAUCGUGGGAGCGAUGGCCAUGAUCGUCACGAUCUGGUCUCCCACCCCGGGCACAACCAGCCUCGUGAUGAACACCGUGCUUCUGAUGAACCUCCUGUUCUCGGGCUUCCUGGUGCAGUGGAGCUCCAUCGCACCGAUCCUAAGAUGGAUCCAUUACUGCUGCCCCUUCGCCUACGCCUUCCACUCCCUCGUCCUCAACGAGUUCGUGGGCCUCAAGAUGACAUUCGCAGUGGCGGGCUACGUCAGCGUUGACAACAUCGACGGCGAGGUCUUCCUGCAGACCCUGGGCAUCGAGGUGGGCCGCCUGCGCCAGAACGAAAUCGUCCUUGCGGCGUUCUACUUCGGCUUUGUAGCCGUUGCGCUGCUGAGCAUGCGGCUGGGCACCCCAGGGCAGUGGUCCUUGGGGUCCAGCCAGGGCGGGGCAGUUGGCCGGCGGAUGUCGGCAGACCUGAGGCGGGCAAGGGAGGUGCUGCAGAGGCGUGUGUCACGGACAGUGAGCCGGCGCGUGCCGAUCCCCGAUGAGGGCAGCAGUGCUUCAGUGGAGAUGAACAAGAUUUAG